AUGGUGAACGCAGUUGCGGUGCAAGACCCGAAGCACUAUGGGAAGGCAGUCAAGAGCGACCGUCGAGAGCAGUGGAAAAUCGCUAUGACCGAGGAAAUGGACGCCCUGAAGACGAACGACGUUUAG